AUGGGAUAUCAUUCGGCUCCAAAUUCUAGACCAGAGACAUUUGGAGAUUAUAUGGCAAAUGAUGCACUUUCUGAUAGAAAAUUCCCUCCCACAAAGCAAAAGCAUAUGGAAGAACCUUCAGGCUACCUCUAUUUUACUAAGAAGUUUACUCUGGAGUUGAGCCAUUUUAAGAAAUACCUAAAGAAAACCUAUCCGAACGUCAAAAGGACCGACUUCAACAAACCAAUUAAUUAUAAGCGUUUCAGCACACUGGAGAUAUACCGGGCCAAAAAAAGUAAAGCAAAGAAGCAACGCAGAUUAAAACCCGGGCUUUUUGUCACUCUGCUGGAGAGGAAUCCAGAUUACUUGAAGUACAUAGUCUGGGGUGUGUUCAAGAUUGAUCUAUCCCGAGAUGAGGAAGAGAUUUCAAUCUAUCCAGAAAAGAAGAAAAACAAACAUAAGGCAACGCCAAAACAAAAAUCAAAGCCAUCUAGGAAAGCAAAGAAAACAGAGGACACGGAGUCAUUUAAGAACUUCCUCCACUCAAUAAAUAAGAUUAAAACUACAAGCCCCACGUUCGAUGAUGUGCUACCGCGGAUGACAAAUUUAAAAUCAAUACCAACCAAUCCACCUACUGCACAGUUUAAUGAAUUGGAAAAAGAUCUACAGAAUCACGAUCUUGAAAGCUUUUUGAGCCAUGCCAAAGAAGACAACGAGAACAGGCAAACUGGAUUGUUCAAAGCCAGGAUGAAUUACGAAUGGUCCAAAGAGAGGCUAUCCUAUGAUCCGGACAGUUUCGGGAUGAGAACCUUCUUCAAUCCGGUUGCUGUUCCAAGGACGUUGAUUCAAAGGUCAUGUGUUCAAACUGCGGAUCCAAGUGAGAUUGGACGACCCGGAUCAAGAUACCUUGUGCUAAGUAGGAAUGGUGACCAAAUCGUAUUGGACAACUUGACAUUCUUGAACGAGAAGCCUUUUGGCAAUAUGUAUAGCCAAUUGUCAACUUUUCAGGGUGGUAUUGGUGUCACAUCACAAAUAAGCGGUAUACUAAGCCACGGAUGGAAGUUAUUAAAUGGUGAUGAAGGCCGUCUUGUAUUUGUUAAGCAGACAAAGAGGCGGAACUUGACACUUCUGUCGGCUGUUGGUAUAUUAGGAGCCUCAAUUGCUGCUGUUGUAAUUUACAUGAAACAUGAAAAAACAUCGGAGACUUUGGCCACUGAAGUUUCAGCUGCAGAAGUUUCAUCUACAGAGAAGAAAAAACAGAAUAACUGA